UUCCGGUCAAAGUUUUAGAGCCGUCAACAUGGGAAAACCCCGUGGAUUAAGAACCGCUAGGAAACAUGUGAACCACCGUAGGGACCAAAGAUGGGCUGAUAAAGAUUACAAAAAGGCACAUUUAGGAACCAGGUGGAAGGCUAAUCCCUUUGGAGGCGCUUCCCAUGCCAAAGGAAUUGUACUUGAAAAAGUAGGUGUUGAAGCUAAGCAACCUAAUUCUGCCAUUCGUAAGUGCGUUAGGGUACAAUUGAUCAAAAAUGGUAAAAAAAUCACAGCAUUCGUUCCUAGAGAUGGUUGUCUGAAUCACAUUGAAGAAAACGAUGAAGUUUUAGUAGCAGGUUUUGGUCGUAAGGGUCAUGCCGUAGGAGAUAUUCCUGGAGUUAGAUUCAAGGUUGUCAAAGUAGCCAAUGUUUCUCUCUUAGCCUUAUAUAAAGAAAAGAAGGAAAGACCUAGGUCAUAAAAAGUUAAAAUGUUAUUUUUUUUAUUUAUUUCUUGACACUUAAAUUUUAAUAAAGUGUACAAGGACAAAAUAUUGUAUAGUGUUUUAUUUUAAUAAAGUUAAGUUUUUUUACAGAGUA